AUGUGUCUGAAGGAGAGGGAGGGCAGAGCACCGACUGAAGGAGGUGAGUCUGGACACAGCAGCAGAGACCACGGAGCCACGAGCACCAUGCCCUGGAGAGAGCUUCACAGUCGUCAGUUCUGGCGUCCCGUGCUGGCAGAGCUGCUGGGCACCCUGGUGUUAGUGAGUGCUGUUCUGGGCGCACUGGUGCCAGGGCCUGGUGAGGCCCCUGUGGGCCCGCUGUACCCAGCACUGGCAGUAGGCGUGGCCAUAGUGGCUGUGGCUCACUGUUUUGGAGAGAUCAGCGGAGCACAGGUGAACCCUGCAGUGACGCUGGCUCUGUGGGCCACACGCCGCAUGGACGCCCUCAGGGCCACGUUCUUCAUCUGUGCUCAGUGUUUGGGGGCCUGUCUCAGCACCGGGGCCCUGUACCUGGCUCUGCCCCUGAAGACCACAGCAGACCACUUUGUCAAUAAGGUACCUCUGGAGCUGAACGCGGCGCAGGCUCUGGGUGUGGAGUUCCUCUGCUCCUUUCAAAUGGUCUUCACAGUCUUCUCAGCCGAGGAGCAUCGUCGCAGGGACAGUCCUGAGCCUGGGAACCUGGCAGUGGGCUUUGCCCACACGGCAGGGGUCCUGAUCGGGGCACGUUUCUCUGGAGGAAGCAUGAACCCUGCUCGCAGCCUGGGCCCUGCCAUCAUCACCGGCUUCUGGGAGAAUCACUGGGUUUACUGGAUCGGGCCGGUGCUGGGGGCUCUUCUUGCUGGAGUCUCUCAUGAGUUCUUCUUCGCUCCUUCGGCCUCUCGUCAGAAGCUGGUGGCCUGUUUGACGUGUAAAGACAUCGACAUUGUGGAAACGGCCAGUAUGACCGGCUCGUCUCUGUCCACAGUCACACAGAACGCCAUGCGAGCCAAACAGGCCAAGACGGACAACUGA